ACAACAAGAUGUACUGGUUUCCGGUAGCAACACUUCUGCUUUGCGCUCUAGCAGCGACAACAGAGAGCGCCACAACAUCGAAAGCUCUUUUUCAAGAAGAGGGACUGGCAUUUCACUUUAUAGAUCGCUUCGUUAAUUACUUCAGAAAAUGCGGUGUACUAAAAAUUGACAGAGAAAGAGAAUUUACUGAAUCUUUAACUGGAAUUGGAAGACUGUAUAGGAAAAAGACUAAACCAGGUAAAAUAAAACAUCACAUGGUAACAAAAUUUGCUGAAGCUCUCAGUGAACAAUUUGAUGCCGGAAAUGACAUCACUUUUGGUCUUGACUGCGCGAUACAAGCUCUCGCCGCUGCGUUUGAAGAGUGUACUGGAUCAACAGAUGCUAACUUCAUCGAAUCAGUAAGAGAAAUGACAGUUGUAAUGUAUAAUAAUGAAGUAGAGGAAAAAAUAGAAGAAAUGGAAGAAGCUGCUUUAGAAGAACAAAUAGCAUUGGAAGAAAAGAUUGCCUUGGAAGAAAAGAUUGCCGUUGAAGAACAGGCUGCUUUGGAAGAAGCUUUAUUAGUCUCUCAAACACAGGAAAGUAAAUCAGAAUCAUAUGAAAGUAAUGAGAUACAAACUGAAGAACAAACAACAAGUAUUUCACAAGAACAAAUUGAACAAGUAGCUUCAACUAGUCAACAAACAGUUCAAGAACAACAAUACCAGGCAACCGCUUCUUCAGAAGCUCAACAACAACAAGCAGCAUCUAGCCAAUACAGGGCCACCACAUCUUCACAAUCUCAAGAACAAGCCGCAGCGACUAGCCAAUAUCAAGCAGCCGCUUCGGUACAAGCUCAACAGCAAGUAGAAGCUCAACUGCAAACAGUCGCUUCUGUACAAGCUCAACAACAAACAGCAACAUCUAGUCAAUACCAAGCAGCAGCUUCUGUACAAGCUCAACAGCAAACAGCCGCUUCUGCACAAUCUCAACAACAAGCAUCUAGCCAAUACCAAGCAGACGCGUUUGUCCAAGAUCAGCAGCAAGUAGCAGCUUCUGUACAAGCUCAACGGCAAGUACAAGCUCAACAGCAAGUACAAGCUCAACAGCAAGUACAAGCUCAGCGGCAAGUAGAAGCUCAACGGCAAGCAGAAGUUCAAAAGCAAGCAGAAGCUCAACAGCAAGCACAAGCUCAAUUGGAAGCUCAACGGCAAGCACAAGCUCAAUUAGAAGCUCAACGGCAAGCACAAGCUCAAAAGCAAUUAGAAGCUCAACGGCAAGCACAAGCUCAACGACAAGCUCAAUUAGAAGCUCAACGACAAGCACAAGCUCAACGGCAAGCAAAAGCUCAAUUAGAAGCUCAACGGCAAGCACAAGCUCAAUUAGAAGCUCAACGGCGAGAACAAGCUCAAUUAGAAGCUCAAGAGCAAGCACAAGCUCAACGGCAAGCACAAGCUCAACGGCAAGCACAAGCUCAACGGCAAGUACAAGCUCAACAGCAAAUACAAGCUCAACGGCAAGUACAAGCUCAACGGCAAGUACAAACUCAACAGCAAACAGCCGCUUCAGUACAAGUUCAACAACAAACAGCAGCAUCUAACCAAUAUCAAGAAGCCGCUUCUGUACAAGCUCAACAACAAACUGCAGCAUCUAGCCAAUACCAAGCAGCAGCUUCUGUACAAACUCAACAGCAAACAGCCGCUUCUGUACAAGCUCAACAACAAACAGCAGCAUCAAGCCAAUACCAAGCAGCCGCUUCUGUAAAAGCUCAACAGCAGACAGCCGUUUCUGCACAAGCUCAACAACAAGCAGCAGCAUCUAGCCAAUACCAAGCAGACGCUUCUGUCCAAGAUCAGCAGCAAGUAGCCGCUUCUGUACAAGCUCAACGGCAAGUACAAGCUCAACAGCAAAUACAAGCUCAGCGGCAAGUAGAAGCUCAACGGCAAAUAGAAACUCAACGGCAAGUGCAAGCUCAACGGCAAGUAGAAGCUCAACGGCAAGCAGAAGCUCAACGGCAAGCACAAGCUCAAUUAGAAGCUCAACGGCAAGCACAAGCUCAAUUAGUAGCUCAACGACAAGCAGAAGUUCAACGGCAAGCACAAGCUCAACAACGAGCAGAAGCUCAACGACAAGCAGAAGCUCAACGGCAAGCACAAGCUCAACGGCAAGCACAAGCUCAAUUAGAAGCUCAACAACGAACAGAAGCUCAACGACAAGCAGAAGCUCAACGGCAAGCACAAGCGCAACGGCAAGUACAAACUCAACAGCAAACAGCCGCUUCAGUGCAAAUUCAACAACAAACAGCAGCAUCUAGCCAAUACCAAGCAGCAGCUUCUGUACAAGCUCAACAGCAAACAGCCGCUUCUGUACAAGUUCAACAACAAACAGCAGCAUCCAGCCAAUACCAAGCAGACGCUUCUGUCCAACAUCAGCAGCAAGUAGCCGCUUCUGUACAAGCUCAACGGCAAGUACAAGCUCAACAGCAAGUACAAGCUCAGCGGCAAGUAGAAGCUCAACGGGAAGCAGAAACUCAACGGCAAAUGCAAGCUCAACGGCAAGCAGAAGCUCAACGGCAGGCACAAGCUCAAUUAGAAGCUCAACGGCAAGCACAAGCUCAAUUAGUAGCUCAACGGCAAGCACAAGCUCAAUUAGAAGCUCAACAACAAGCACAAGCUCAACGACAAGCGCAAGCUCAAUUAGAAACUCAGCAAAGAGCAGAAGCUCAACAACAAGCAGAAGCCCAACGACAAGCACAAGCUCAACGGCAAGCACAAGCUCAACUGCAAGCACAAGCUCAACGGCAAGUACAAGCUCAACAGCAAAUACAAGCUCAACGGCAAGUACAAACUCAACGGCAAACAGCCGCUUCAGUGGAUAUUCAACAACAAACAGCGGCUUCUAACCAAUACCAAGCAGCCGCUUCUGUACAAGCUCAACAACAAACAGCAGCAUCUAGCCAUCACCAAGCAGCAGCUUCUGUACAAGCUCAACAGCAAACAGCCGUUUCCGCACAAGUUCAACAACAAGCAGCAGCAUCUAGCCAAUACCAAGCAGAAGCUUCUGUACAAGCUCAACAGCAAACAGCCGCUUCUGUACAAGUUCAACAACAAGCAGCAGCAUCUAGCCAAUACCAAGCAGACGCUUCUGUCCAACAUCAGCAGCAAGUAGCCGCUUCUGUACAAGCUCAACGGCAAGUACAAGCUCAACAGCAAGUACAAGCUCAGCGGCUAGUAGAAGCUCAACGGCAGGCAGAAACUCAACGGCAAAUGCAAGCUCAACGGCAAGCAGAAGCUCAACGGCAGGCACAAGCUCAAUUAGAAGCUCAACGGCAAGCACAAGCUCAAAUAGUAGCUCAACGGCAAGCACAAGCUCAAUUAGAUGCUCAACGGCAAGCACAAGCUCAAUUAGAAGCUCAACAACAAGCACAAGCUCAACGACAAGCGCAAGCUCAAUUAGAAGCUCAGCAAAGAGCAGAAGCUCAACAACAAGCAGAAGCCCAACGACAAGCACAAGCUCAACGGCAAGCACAAGCUCAACUGCAAGCACAAGCUCAACGGCAAGUACAAGCUCAACAGCAAAUACAAGCUCAACGACAAGUACAAACUCAACGGCAAACAGCCGCUUCAGUGGAUAUUCAACAACAAACAGCGGCUUCUAACCAAUACCAAGCAUCCGCUUCUGUACAAGCUCAACAACAAACAGCAGCAUCUAGUCAACACCAAGCAGCAGCUUCUGUACAAGCUCAACAGCAAACAGCCGUUUCCGCACAAGUUCAACAACAAGCAGCAGCAUCUAGCCAAUACCAAGCAGACGCUUCUGUCCAAGAUCAGCAGCAAGUAGCCGCUACUGUACAAGCUCAACGGCAAGUACAAGCUCAACAGCAAAUACAAGCUCAGCGGCAAGUAGAAGCUCAACAGCAAAUAGAAACUCAACGGCAAGUGCAGGCUCAACGGCAAGUAGAAGCUCAACGGCAAGCAGAAGCUCAACGGCAAGCACAAGCUCAAUUAGAAGCUCAACGGCAAGCACAAGCUCAAUUAGUAGCUCAACGGCAAGCACAAGCUCAAUUAGAUGCUCAACGGCAAGCACAAGCUCAAUUAGAAGCUCAACAACAAGCACAAGCUCAACGACAAGCACAAGCUCAACGACAAGCACAAGUUCAACGGCAAGCACAAGCUCAACGGCAAGUACAAACUCAACAGCAAACAGCCGCUUCAGUUCAAAUUCAACAACAAACAACAGCAUCUAACCAAUACCAAGCAGCCGCUUCUGUACAAGCUCAACAACAAACAGCAGCAUCUAGCCAAUACCAAUCCGCAGCAUCUGUACAAGCUCAACAGCAAACAGCCGCUUCUGUACAAGCUCAACAACAAACAGCAGCAUCAAGACAAUACCAAGCAGCCGCUUCUGUACAAGCUCAACAGCAAACAGCCGUUUCUGCACAAGCUCAACAACAGGCAGCAGCAUCUAGACAAUACCAAACAGACGCCUCUGUACAAGAUCAGCAGCAAGUAGCCGCUUCUGUACAAGCUCAACAGCAAGUACAAGCUCAACAGCAAGUACAAGCUCAACAGCAAGUACAAACUCAACGGCAAGUAGAAGCUCAACGGCAAGCAGAAGCUCAACGGCAAGCACAAGCUCAAUUAGAAGCUCAACGGCAAGCACAAGCUCAAUUAGUAGCUCAACGGCAAGCACAAGCUCAAUUAGAAGCUCAACAACAAGCACAAGCUCAACGACAAGCACAAGCUCAACGGCAAGCACAAGCUCAACGGCAAGUACAAGCUCAACAGCAAACAGCCGCUUCAGUUCAAGUUCAACAACAAACAGCAGCAUCUAACCAAUACCAAGCAGUCGCUUCUGUACAAGCUCAACAACAAGCAGCAACAUCUAGCCAAAACCAAGCAGCAGCUUCUGUACAAGCUCAACAGCAAACAGUCGUUUCCACACAAGCUCAACAACAAACAGCAACGUCUAGCCAAUACCAAGCAGCAUCUUCUGUACAAGCUCAACAGCAAACAGCAGUUUCUGCACAAGCUCAACAACAAGCAGCAGCAUCUAGCCAAUACCAAGCAGCCGCUUUUGUACAAGCUCAUCACCAAAUAGAAGCUCAACGGCAAGCAGAAGCUAAACGGCAAUUGGAAACGCAACGGAAAAUAGAAGCUCAACGGCAAGUACAAGCUCAACGGCAAGUACAAGCUCAACGGCAAGUAGAAGCUCUACGGCAAGUGCAAGCUCAACGGCAAGUGCAAGCUCAACGGCAAGUGCAAGCUCAACGGCAAGUAGAAGCUCAAAGACGAGUAGAAGCUCAGCGGCAAGUUGAAGCACAACGGCAAGUGCAAAUUCAACGGCAAGUAGAAGCUCAACGGCAAGAAGAAGCUCAACGCCAAGUACAAGCUCAACGGCAAGUACAAACUCAACGACAAGUAGAAGCUCAACGGCAAUUAGAAGCUCAACGGCAAGUACAGGCUCAGCGGCAAGUUCAAGCUGAACGGCAAGUUCAAGCUCAACGGCAAGUACAAGCUCAACGGCAAGUACAAGCUCAACAGCAAAUACAAACUCAACAGCUAACAACCGCUUCCUUACGAGCUCAACAGCAAGUAGCCACUUCUGUACAAGCUCAACAACAAACAGCGGCAUCUAACCAAUAUCAAGCAUCUUCUUCUGUGCAAGCUCAGAAGCAAGCAGCAGCAUCUAGUCAAUACCAAGCAACUUCUUCCGCCCAAGCUGAACAACAAGCAGCCGCUUCUGUACAAGCUCAACAACAAACAGCAGCAUCUAGCCAAUACCAAGCAGCCGCUUCUGUACGAGCUCAACAGCAAGAAGCCGCUUCUGUACAAGCUCAACAGCAAGUAGCCGCUUCUGUACAAGCUCAACAACAAACAGCGGCAUCUAACCAAUACCAAGCAACUUCUUCCGCUUCAGCUGUACAACAAGCAGCAGCUUCUUUGCAAGCUCAAGAACAAGCAGUAGCGUCUAGUCAAUAUCAGGCAAAAACACUUCCUGUUCCUUUUUCCAAACCUAUUCCAGCACCAUUGCCACGUCCAAUUCCAGUACCAAGACCUCUUCCAGUUCCAUUGCCUAAGCCUCUUCCAGAACCUUUACCCAAACCUCUUCCAGCUCCAUUGCUUCGUCCAAUUCCAGUACCAAGACCUCUUCCAGCUCCAUUGCCUAAGCCUCUUCCAGUACCUUUACCGAAACCUUUACCAGCACCUUUGCCAAGACCUCUUCCAGCACCAUUGCCGAGACCUCUUCCAGUACCAUUGCCUCGCCCAUUACCAGUACCAACGCCUCUUCCGACUCCAAUACCGAAACCACUUCCAGCACCUUUACCACGACCUCUUCCAGCUCCGUUGCCGAUACCUGUUCCAGUGCCUUUGACUAGACCACUUCCUGCACCUUUACCCAAACCACUUCUAGCACCGUUGCCUCGCCCAUUACCAGUACCGAUACCUUUACCACAAGAAUCAGCAGCUUCUGUGCAAGUUCAAAAACAAGCAGUAGCAUCUAGCCAGUAUCAGGCAGCCUCUUCUGCACAAGCUCAACAGCAAGUAGCCGCUUCUGUACAAGCACAACAACAAACAGCAGCAUCUAGCCAAUACCAAGCAGCCGUUUCUGCACAAGCUGAACAGCAAGCAGCCGCUUCUGUUCAAGCUCAACAGCAAGCAGCAGUAUCGAGUCAAUACCAAGCUCAACAGCAAGCAGAAGCAUCUAGCCAAUACCAAGCUGCCUCUUCUGCACAAGCUCAACAGCAAGCAGCAGCAACCGCAUUUAGACAGUACCAGGCAGCCGCUUCUGCGCGAGCACAACAGCAAGCAGCAGCCACUGCAUCCGAUCAGUAUCAGGCAGCCUCUUCUGCUCAAGCGCAACAGCAAGCAGCAGCAACUGCAUCCAGCCAGUAUCAGGCAGCCUCUUCUGCUCAAGCUAAACAACAAGCAGCAGCAACCGCAUCCAGCCAGUACCAGGCAGCCUCUUCUGCUCAAGCUCAACAGCAAGCAGCAGCAGACGCAUCUAGCCAGUAUCAGACAUCCUCUUCUGCACAAGCUCAACAGCAAGCAGCAGCAACCGCAUCCAGUCAGUAUCAGACAGCCACUUCUGCACAAGCUCAACAGCAAGCUGCAGCAACCGCAUCCAGCCAGUACCAGGCAGCCGCUUCUGCACAAGCUCAACAGCAAGCUGCAGCAACCGCAUCCAGCCAGUACCAGGCAGCCUCAUCUGCGCAAGCUCAACAGCAAGCAGCAGCCGCAUCUAGCCAGUAUCAGACAUCCUCUUCUGCACAAGCUCAACAGCAAGCAGCAGCAACCGCAUCCAGCCAGUACCAGGUUGCCUCAUCUGCUCAAGCUCAACAGCAAGCAGCAGCAGUCGCAUCUAGCCAGUAUCAGGCAGCCUCUUCUGCGCAAUCUCAACAGCAAGCUGCAGCAAUCGCAUCCAGCCAGUACCAGGCAGCCUCAUCUGCAUCUGCGCAAGCUCAACAGCAAGCAGCAGCAGCCGCAUCUAGCCAGUAUCAGACAUCCUCUUCUGCGCAAGCCCAACAACAAGUAGCAGCAACCGCAUCCAGCCAGUAUCAGGCAGCCUCUUCUGCGCAAUCUCAACAGCAAGCUGCAGCAAUCGCAUCCAGCCAGUACCAGGCAGCCUCAUCUGCAUCUGCGCAAGCUCAACAGCAAGCAGCAGCAGCCGCAUCUAGCCAGUAUCAGACAUCCUCUUCUGCGCAAGCUCAACAGCAAGCAGAAGCAACGGCAUCCAGCCAGUAUCAGGCAGCCUCUUCUGCGCAAUCUCAACAGCAAGCUGCAGCAACCGCAUCCAGCCAGUACCAGGUAGCCUCAUCUGUGCAAGCUCAACAGCAAGCAGCAGCAGUCGCAUCUAGCCAGUAUCAGACAUCCUCUUCUGCACAAGCUCAACAGCAAGCUGCAGCAACCGCAUCCAGCCAGUAUCAGGCAGCUUCUUCUGCUGAAGCUCAACAGCAAGCAUCAGCAUCGAGCCAAUACCAAGCUCAACAACAAACAGAAGCAUCUAGCCAAUACCAAGCUGCCGCUUUUGCGCAAUCUCAACAGCAAUCUGCAACAACAGCAUCUAGCCAGUAUCAGGCAGAAGAUUCUGUGCAAUCUCAACAGCAAGCAGCAGCGACAGCAUCUAGCCAGUACCAGGCAGCGGCUUCUGUGCAAGCUCAACAGCAAGCAGCAGCAACCGCAUCCACCCAGUAUCAGGCAGCCUCUUCUGCUCAAGCUCAACAGCAAGCAACAGCAUCGAGCCAAUACCAAGCUCAACAGCAAAGUGAAAUAUCUAGCCAAUACCAAGCAGCCGCUUCUACAAAAUCUUCAGUUUCUAGUGAUUCAGCUAUAAGUAGAUCAGCACAACAGUUCGUGUCAGCAGCAGCAAAACGGAGAAUGGCAUCUAUGUCAAAUUCUCUAUCUAGUAUUAUGAGUGGUGGAAAAAUGAACUUUUCUGCCUUUUCGAACUCCUUAUCUAGUGUAGCCAGCCAAAUUAGAGCAGGAUCAUCGAACUUAUCUAAAGAAGAAAUCUUAGUUGAGAGUCUCUUGGAAACAAUGUCGGCUCUUAUGGAAUUACUAUCACCGGGAGCAGGAGGUAAUGCUUUGUUGGAAACUAUCCUCAGUGCUUUAGCUUAAUAUUUGUUUUUUUUUAAUAUUUUUUAUUUUAGGUUGAGGUGUAUUUACUUUUUGUAUUACUCACAUUUUGUAUUCUAGGGAGAAAGAAAAGCAUGAAUAAAUUAUGUUUGUAGCAGCAUA